UGCCCGUGCCCGCCUGGUGCCCGUCCGCUGCCCGCUCCCGCCCCGGUGGAGCCCUCGACGGUGCCCCCCGACCUCGCCCGCUCCCGCAGCCCGGGCCCCGGCCUCUCUCCUUCCCUCUCCCUCCCUCUCUCCCUUCUCCCUCCCUCCUCCCGCCCGACGGGUCCCGGCCCCAGGGGUCCCCGGCGUCCGGCGCCAUGGGCCGGCAGAAGGAGCUGGUGUCGCGCUGCGGGGAGAUGCUGAGGAUCCGCUACAAGCUGUUGCGGCAGGCCCUGGCCGAGUGUCUGGGUACCCUCAUCCUCGUGAUGUUCGGCUGCGGCUCCGUGGCCCAGGUGAUACUUAGUCGUGGCACCCACGGCGACUUCCUCACCAUCAACCUGGCCUUUGGCUUUGCUGUCACCCUGGGAAUCCUCAUUGCCGGUCAGGUCUCAGGUGCCCACUUGAACCCGGCCGUGACAUUUGCACUGUGUUUUCUGGCCCGGGAACCCUGGAUCAAGCUGCCCAUCUAUGCCUUGGCACAGACCCUAGGUGCGUUCCUGGGUGCUGGCAUCAUCUUCGGCCUCUACUAUGAUGCCAUCUGGGCCUUUGCGGACAACCAGCUGAUUGUGUCCGGCCCCAACGGCACUGCUGGGAUCUUUGCAACCUACCCGUCCGGUCACUUGGACACCCUCAACGGCUUCUUUGACCAGUUCAUCGGCACGGCCUCCCUCAUCGUCUGUGUCCUGGCCAUCGUGGAUCCUUACAACAACCCCGUCCCCAGGGGCCUGGAGGCCUUCACCGUUGGUUUUGUCGUCUUGGUCAUCGGCACCUCCAUGGGCUUUAACUCUGGCUAUGCCGUCAAUCCCGCCCGAGACUUCGGCCCCCGCCUCUUCACCGCCAUCGCUGGAUGGGGCUCUGAGGUCUUCACCACGGGCAAGCACUGGUGGUGGGUGCCCAUCGUCUCACCCCUUCUGGGCUCCAUCGCCGGAGUCUUCGUCUACCAGCUGAUGAUUGGCUGCCACAUGGAGGCCCCGCCCCCAUCCACCGAGCAGGAGAACGUCAAGUUGGCCAACGUCAAGCACAAGGAGCGGAUCUGAAGGGGCCGCCGCCCCACCCCCUGCCUCCCUGGGCUCCUGACCCCAUCCCCCCCGCCUUCCGCCUCGCCCCAGUGGUCUGGGCCCCUUUCUUGACGACCGAGGGGACCCCCCGACGGGGAGGCAGGGAAGGAGCCUACAGGACCACCGAUGCUGCCUCUCUCCCUGCCACCCCUGCUAGUCUGGCUGUCGCAUGUUCCUGCCUCCACUGGGCUCUCCCUUCCCGGGCCCCCCACGCCUGGCCCUUCCCCUCUUCCCUCCCAAUCCUGGCCGCGUGCAGUCCCCUCUCACCUCUGACCUUUCCUGCUCCCGACCCCAACCUCGGCAGAGUGGAGAACCCUCCAGCCAUCUACUGCUAGGGGCAUGUCCCGAGAGAGCCAACUGGGGGAGAUGUGGGAGGGCCCAGCUGUGUGUGUGGCUCUGUGUAUGUAUGUGCGUGUAUGGGUGUGUGACAGAUUACAUGUGGCAGGGGGGGGGAGAUUCUGAACUGGAGGCCCCGAGAGAGGCCUAUUUGGGGAAGGGGGUGGUGGGGGCAGGCUAAGGCACUUCUGAUCACCAGGAAGCAGGGACAGAAGCUGGAGCUACGAACAUAGGUCAGGCCCAACUAGGGGUGAUUCCCGGGUGCGCCCCGGUUCAGGGGACUGGCUCUCAGAGCCACUCCGUGUAGUUCUCAGGCCCGUUUUCACGCUCGCUUUCUCUCCGGCAAAGAGGGCGCGGCUUGAAGCCAGAGCCGGGGAGAUGGGACUGGGGGAGGGAUAAAUGGGAGCUGCGUACCCUGGACUAGCCUGGCUGCGCUGCCCUCCUGCCCCCUUCCCCCGACAGGCCUGGUGCGAGGCCUUCUGAAGGGGAGUCGGGAUAGGGGUGCAGUGACCCUCAGGCGAUGGCUAUUAGGGUCAGAUUCUCCACUCCCGGAGGCAGGGGUUGUCCUUGAUGUCUUUCCUCCCGGCCUCCUCCUCUUCUCUUCUCACCUCUUGCCCUGCCCACUGAGAGCUGAAAAUCUCCUGUGCUGUUGGGGGAGGGAGGAGGGGGUUAGGGGCUCCUGUCGCUUUAACACUGAGCCCCGCAGUCUGGAUCUCCUUAGUUCCCCCUGCCACCCCUCCCCUUUUUAUUAUUUUUUUUUGCCUCUUUCUUUUUGUUGGGUUUUUUUUAAAAUAAAUUUACACAGAAAACUG